GCGACCGCAAAAUGCUCAAGUUCAUCAGUGGGAUCUUCGCCAAGAGCCCCGGGGCCGUCCCCGCCCCCCCCGCGCCCCCCUGGGCGCCCCUCGGCACCGACCUGGGCAGAGCCACCCCCCCCAAGGCCUUGGAGAACAGCCAGGAAUGGACCCUGGGUCGCUCUGUCCCCGAGAUCCGCCUGGGGGUCCUGGGCAGCAGCAGGAGCGGGAAAUCGGCGCUUGUCCAGCGCUUCCUCACGGGCUCCUACGUGGGGCUGGAGCCCACACAGAGUGGCCAGUUCAAGCGCGAGGUGACAGUCGAUGGCCAGAGCCACCUCCUGCUGAUCCGGGAGGAGGGAGGUGCCCCGGAUGCCAUGUUUGCCAGCUGGGCAGAUGCCGUCAUCUUCGUCUUCAGCCUGGAGAACGAGGCCACCUUCCAGGAGGUGACGCAGCUGCACCGGCUCUUCAGUGGCUACCGGGCCACCAGCGAGGUGGCCCUGGCACUGGUGGGCACCCAGGACAAGAUCAGCUCCUCCAACCCACGGGUGGUGGAGGACGCCCGGGCCCAGGCGCUCUGUGGAGACAUGAGGAGGUGUCUCUACUACGAGACCUGUGCCACCUACGGCCUCAACGUGGACAGGGUCUUCACCGAGGUGGCCCACAAGGUGGUGGCCCUGAGGAAGCAGCAGCAGCUCGUGGCCUCCUGCAAGUCCCUGCCCAGCUCCCCCAGCCACUCAGCCGCCUCCACCCCCGUGGGGGGGUCCCACCCCACCCAGGCCAGCAACGGUGGCCACACCAGUGACUACUCAUCCUCGCUGCCCUCCACCCCCAACGUGGGACACCGGGAGCUACGGAGUGAGACCCCUGCCCCUCCCGGACCCCCCGGUCCCCCUGGCACCCCUGGGACCCCUGGCACCCCUGGCACCCCUGGGACCCCCGGGACGCCUGGCUCCCUGCACCGUGGGGCCAAGCGCCGCACCAGCCUCUUCACUUCCCGCCGGGGCAGUGACACGGAGAAGCGCAGCCUGGACAGCCGGGGGGAGGUGCCCGGCAGCGGCCGCGCCAUCCCCAUCAAACAGAGCUUCCUGCUGAAGCGCAGCGGCAACUCCCUCAACAAGGAGUGGAAGAAGAAAUACGUCACCUUGUCCAGCAACGGGCUCCUGCUCUACCACCCCAGCAUCAACGACUACAUCCACAGCACUCACGGGAAGGAGAUGGACCUUCUCCGGACCACGGUCAAGGUCCCUGGCAAGAGGCCUCCUCGGGCCAUCUCAGCUGUUGGUCCCUCGGCCAGUGUCAACGGGCUGGUCAAGGACGUGGGGACGGCGCCUGAGGGGGGCGCUGGCACCUCCCCGGUGGGGCUGAGCCUGCCCCCUGAACCGGGCACCAAGGGGCGGCCCCUGCAGCGCUGCGCCUCUGCCUCCAGCGCCAAGGACCCCUCCCCCGCCUUCGAGGCUGUGUCCAGCCCUGGGGGCCAGGACCCCCCCCCCUCCCCCCUGCUGGACCGCAAGAAGCACCGGAGGAAGAAGCUGACGACGCCCUCCAAGACAGAGGGAGCAGCUGGGCAGGCAGAAGAGGAGGAGAACUUUGAGUUCCUCAUCGUGUCCAGCACGGGGCAGACAUGGCACUUUGAGGCCACCAGCUUCGAGGAGCGGGAUGCCUGGGUCCAGGCCAUCGAGAGCCAGAUCCUGGCCAGCCUGCAGUGCUGCGAGAGCAGCAGGAACAAGGCUCGCACGGACGGGCAGAGCGAGGCCGUGGCCAUCCAGGCCAUCCGCAGCGCCCGGGGCAACUCCCACUGCGUGGACUGUGGGGCAGCCAACCCCACCUGGGCCAGCCUGAACCUGGGGGCCCUGAUCUGCAUCGAGUGCUCCGGGAUCCACCGCAACCUGGGGACCCACUUGUCCCGUGUCCGGUCCCUGGACCUGGAUGAUUGGCCCCGGGAACUGACCUUGGUCUUGGCCGCCAUUGGCAACGUCACUGCCAACAGCAUCUGGGAGAGGGACCCGCGGGGACGCUGCAAACCCACCCACGAGUCCUCCCGGGAGGAACGCGAGGCGUGGAUCCGGGCCAAGUACGAGCAGCGCCUGUUCCUGGCCCCGCUGCCCCCGGGGGAGGCGACGCUGGGGCAGCGGCUGCUGCGGGCGGUGCAGGAGCAGGACCUGGAGCUGGUGCUGCUGCUCCUGGCGCACAGCAGGAAGGAGCAGCUCAACUGCGGCACCGCCGACCAGGAGCGCCGCACGGCGCUGCAUGUGGCCUGCGACAUGGCCCUGGUGGUCAUCACCCAGCUCCUGGUCUGGUACGGUGCCGAGGUGGGGGCUCGGGACGGGCAGGGUCGCACCCCCCUGUUCUAUGCCCGCCGCGCCGGGAGCCGCGAGUGUGCCGAGAUCCUCCUGCAGCACGGCUGCCCCGGAGAGGGGGGGCCCGGGGGGGGCCCGGGGGGCGGCCCCGGCCCCGCCACCCCCGGCCCACGCCGCAAGAGCAGCUGCGCCAGCCUGGGCCCCUGCCAGCCCCGCGGCGCCCUGGUAUAGUCGGGAGGGGGGCCCGGUGCCCCCCGGUACCGCCCUACCUCCCCUCCCCCGGAUUGGGGACACCCCCCUCCCCCAGUUUGUAUUUUUGAUGCUUUAUUUAUGACUCGACUCCCGCCGGGGUCUCUUCUGGUCCUGGUGUCGCCCCUUGCCAGGCCCCCUCGUCGGGGCUGGUGGGGGUGGCACAGCCACCCGGGUCCCCCCUCCUGGUGCCACCGCCAAGGCCCCCUCCCCCGUGU